GCUUCAAAUCCUCCAUUUUCGACCUUCAAAGGAACGAGAAAGACGGAUCGGUAAUGGCCAUGGAGGAGGGGGAAAGAACCCUAACCAACCAAAUUCCGCUCAUACGAUCUUCAUCAUUCCAACGCGAUUAUAACAGCAUCGAUCAACCACAACGAAAAACUGACCUCUCCGCUUUGAUUUGCUUUCUUCUUUGCUCUCGAUCUCUCCCUCUUCAUUGUUAAAGCGGGAGAGAUCCAAUUUUUCCUUCCUGUUCUCCGCUGCCUGUUCUUCUCCAUUUUGCCUCCAGUCGCCGACGUUCAUCGCCUCAACCAUGGGCUGCGGAGAGUCGAAACUUGCUGUGGCCACCGCCGAUGGUAGCCUCCCCCGCAAGAAAUCUAGUGCCAGCCGAACCAAGAGCAGUCGCAAAGCCGUCGAUGGAUCGAAGAGCGGCGCCGAUUUACCUGUGGCUGAUUUGAAGGUCGGUGAGGAGAAAAUCGACGGCGAUGUGAAGGUUAAAUCGGAUAACAAAAUGGAGCAGCGAGUAGAGGAGAAGAGCGAUGUGCAGAAAAUUGACGGCUCUGUGAAGAUUGAAACGAAGAACAAGCCUGAGCAGCAAGAAGAGAAGAAGAGCGAUGAGGAGAAAAUCAAUAGCGCUGUGAAGAUUGAAACGGAGAACAAGACUGAACAGCAAGAAGCGAAGAAGAGCGUUGAGGAGAAAAUCAGUAGCGCUGUGAAGAUUGAACCGGAGAUCAAGACAGAGCAGCAGGAAGAGAAGAAGAGCGUUGAGGAGAAAAUAAUCAGUAGCGCUGUGAAGAUUGAACCGGUGAACAAGACAGAGCAGCAGGAAGAGAAGAAGAGCGUUGAGGAGAAAAUAAUCAGUAGCGCUGUGAAGAUUGAACCGGUGAACAAGACAGAGCAGCAGGAAGAGAAGAAGAGCGUUGAGGAGAAAAUAAUCAGUAGCGCUGUGAAGAUUGAACCGGUGAACAAGACAGAGCAGCAGGAAGAGAAGAAGAGCGUUGAGGAGAAAAUAAUCAGUAGCGCUGUGAAGAUUGAACCGGUGAACAAGACAGAGCAGCAAGAAGAGAAGAAAAGCGAUGAGGAGAAAAUCAAUAGCGCUGUGAAUAUUGAAUCGAAAAACAAAACGGAGCAGCGAGAAGAGAAGAAGAACGGGGAGGAGAAAAUCAAUAGCGCUGUGAAGAUUGAACCGGAGAACAAAACGGAGCAGCGAGAAGAGAAGAAGAACGGGGAGGAGAAAAUCAAUAGCGCUGUGAAGAUUGAACCAGAGAACAAAACAGAUCAACGCGAGGAAAAGAAGAGCAAUGGCGAUGCGGCGGAGGUCCAGCAAGUGGAGAAGGAGGUAGCGAAAACAGAGAAGAAAAUAACCGGCGACGGCGAGAAGAAGGAGAAGGACGUCGUUAAUGGCGGUACUGUUGAAAAACAGGUGGCCGGCGAGACGAAAACAGAGAAGGACGCUGUUGUUAAGGGUGGUGGAAUCGAAGUAGAGCAGGGAGUUAAACCUGCCAAAGAGAAGCAAUUGGCCGGAGAAACGAAGGACGAGAAGAAGGAAGGCAGCAACAAUGGCGUCGUCGUCGUCGAACAAGUAAUCAAACCUGUUGAAGAACCGAAAAUUGGAGAAGGAGAAGGAGAGGCAGUGAAAGUGAAAGAAGCAGCAGAAGCACAAAGCUCAGGCAGUCCCCUUCCCACACAGGAGAAGACUGUGAAAGAUGCCAAUGAAAAUGCAGCUGAUUUGGCAGUGAAGGAAAAGAAAUAGAUGACCAAAAGUGGAAAAGAAACCGAUUGUUGAUGAUGUUGUAAAGAUCAUAAAAUGUUGAUCAUUUUUUAUUAUGUUAAUAACAACUCCUCUGCCUCCAAAUA